AUGAAUAGUAUUGUAAAUGUUAAGUUUUCUUGUGGCUUGCUUAACUCUUCAGAUAAACUUAAAUUCAUAAGUGGAAUGAACCAAUUAACAUCACUUGAUAUUUCUGACAAUCAAAUUGGUGUAGAAGGAUCCAAAUACAUAAGUGGAAUGAAACAAUUAACAUCACUUGAUAUAUAUUACAAUGAAAUUGGUGUAGAAGGAGCCAAAUACAUAAGUGAAAUGAAACAAUUAACAUCACUUGAUAUUGGUAACAAUCAAAUCGGUGUAGAAGGAUCCAAAUACAUAAGUGAAAUGAAUCAAUUAACAUCACUUAAUAUAUAUUCCAAUCAAAUUGGUGUAGAAGGAUCCAAAUACAUAAGUGAAAUGAAACAAUUAACAUCACUUAAUAUUGGUCACAAUCAAAUUGGUGUAGAAGGAGCCAAAUACAUAAGUGAAAUGAAACAAUUAACAUCACUUGAUAUUGGUCACAAUCAAAUCUUGUAG